AUGGAUAAACUUGAUAAAAUUAUAGCAUAAUUAGAUGAAUUGGAGAUUAGUCAAAAACAUAGAGAAGAAUUACUUAAAAGAAAUUAAGCAACUUUUUUAUUAAAAUUGCCAAAAGUACCCAAUCAGAUUUUUUUAUACAGGUCAUAUUAAUAUAGAGAGUAUGUGGAUUUUUAGAUGAUAAUGAUCUAUAUAGAUUUACAGCAACUUGUUCUACUCUUAGAAAGAUUAUGUUUUGUCCUUUGGGAUUUAAAUUAUUAAUGUUGAGUAGAAAUGCUAAUCAUUUGGUUGGUGGACCUAAACAUUAAGAAAUACAACUCAAACAUGAAAAGAUUGAUAUUAUAACAUGUGGAAAUUUAUCAACCAAUAAUAAUAUAUUUGAAACAGAAGAAGAUGCUCUAGCAUAAUUAGAGGUUUUAAAGGCUGUAAAGGAUUUCUUAAAAAGUAAAUUGUAGGAUGCAUAGAUAACCAUUAAAAAAUUAGAAGAUAUGUUAGAGGAUGCUUAGGCUACUUUAAAAUAUGAAAAAUCAGUCAAUCUCAAAUUAUAAUCUAAGAUCAAUAUUUUACAAAAUUAAUUAUCCAUUUCUGAAUUAUAAAGAUAAGAUGUCAAAGAGAAUUUAGCAGAGUUGAAUUCUAAAUAUAAUAAAAUAGUAAGACAAUUAAAAAAUUCUUAUAGAUUACUUAAAUGGAAUAAGAUAGAAUUAUUUUAUUGGAGGAUAAGGAGAAACUUAUGGGACAUAAGAAAGUAUUGAUUGAAGAAGUCUAUAGAUUGAGAGGAUUAGUAUCUUAGAUGGAAGAAAAUCAAAAUAAUUAUAGAGAAGCAUUGAGAUAAGUUAAAACUUUUAUGGAAAGUGUAGAAGUUAAACCUAUUUGA